CAACCACUUUGCAUUCAUUGCCUAUUCUACGUUGGUGCUAAUAAGUGGUCGUCACUUGAUUGCGCGGAUUUUGGUAGCUUCAACUCUUAUCGCACUUCUCAAUCACAAGCCAUUAGAUUCUGGAACUAGUGUUAAGCAGCUACUGUCAAAGGUCAGGCGUAUUUUUAUCAGUUCCAGUCAUGAAUGAUGAGCAGCGAUUGGCGGUAGUGAAGGAACACAUUGGGGAGUUCCCAGACUUUCCGAAAAAGGGAAUCGUUUUCAAAGAUAUUUUCACAGCGCUGACAAAUGGUCACGUGUGUACCUGCCUUAAGGAGUUGAUCGUCAAUCAUGUCCGAUCCAAGUGUCCGGAUGUGGAAGUGAUUGUGGGGUUGGAGUCGCGCGGGUUCCUGUUCAGCUUCACGAUAGCCGCGGAAUUAGGAAUAGGAUGUGUCCCCGUCCGCAAGAAAGGCAAAUUGCCCGGGGAGUGCGUUUCCGUCGAAUAUGUCUUGGAAUAUGGGAAGGACGUUUUUGAGAUGCAGAAAGAUUCCAUUAAGAAGGGCCAAAAGGUGCUAAUUAUAGAUGAUCUUCUUGCUACUGGAGGUUCCAUGGAAGCAGCGGUACGUUUAGUUCGCAAACUCGGUGGCGAAGUACAAGAAGCGCUUGUACUUAUAGAGCUUCCAUUUCUCAACGGACGUAAGCGCCUUGACUGUAAUGUUCAUUCCUUUAUACAAUACUAGGUGCUAGAGCAUGGAAAUCCAGGAUGUGCUAGUUGUUACAAUUUUUUUAAUAUACUGUCUCAAAAGCUAACUUGUUAUAAUUCCAUAUUGCAUUUUGUUGAAUAAAUAUUACACGGUGUAAUUUUUUACCUUAA